AUGUAUCUACUACAUACUACCUACUACUACAUGUUGUGGUUGAUGGGUCUGGCCUGGUCUAGUGGUGGUGAUUCUGAAGACGAAAAACCCACACAGAGGGUGUGUGCGCUGCGGCACAGAUCUACAAUGCCAUGUAUUUGGGAACUCCUGUACUCUUGCUACUGUACAUGUUGUUGUUAUCACAUGGUGGAUGUUGGUCUCUCCGGUCUCAAGUUGUUGUACUGCGGUCCGUACGGAGUGGCGGAUGCGAAACUCUCAUGGAGUUUAUGGCGAACGGUGCUUUGGACUAUUUUAUUUUAUUAUUCCUUUAUUCCUGUGUUAUGUGGCUGUGUAUCUGUUUAUCUAUUGAUCGCUCUAUUCAUGUAUUUCUCUCCUGCACGAUGUCGUUCGUUCUGCAGUCUAUCUUCAACGACGUACGAUAGUAACUUCGAACAAAUCCAUUUGAUUCUCCACGAAUUCCCCUCCGCACUGAUCCUGUGGAACCCUCAGCACGACGGCUUGGUCAAGCAGGAUAAUCUCCUUGAAAAAGACGUGUUGCUUCUCUUUAUUAAUGACUUCAUUGUUUUCUCCGGCAUUGCAGCGACCUGCAUGAUGACGGUUAGCCAAGAGAAAUGUCCAACAACGCCCGAGUACAUCCAAGAUGAUCCUUGCCCUUCCCCAGCUUUUUGGAGCUGUCAGAUGAUGGAUGAUGCAAUGUGGCUGUCGUCACGCCUCGCAGCGCGGCGGGCUUGGCGUUUGCGAAUGGCUGGGAGAGCGUUAUCGCGGCGGACAGUCGAUCAGCGAUCAGCGGGGCGACCACAGCUUAUCUUGAUCGGGCAAGCAGCAGGCUGGUCAGCUGUACAGACCGUGGUUGCAAUCGAAGCGGCUGUUUCACAAUUCCAAGAAGACAAAGAGCGAAAUUGA